AUGUUUGAAAAUGGACUUAUAAAAGGAAAAUCUGAUCAAUCAUAUAAGAUCGAAACCGUAAAUAAUGAAAACGGCGAAAUUGUACCAACUGUUAACAAUACUCAGUUUGAAACUGAUGAAGCACUUGCGAAUUUUAGAAAAGACUUCUUAAAUGAUUUCCUUCAGAAGGGGAACCAAGACGAGUUUCAAGCCCAAAUAGAUGUAUUGAAUGAGAAACUGAAGAAAGAUGAACAUGAUAAAUGUAAGUUGUUUUUGUCAAUGAUAUAUAAUAAUUAUAACUGGAUGUUUAAUGUCAUUAUAAUGCAUGUACAUUAG